AUUUGGAUUAAAAGUUUCGUCUAGUCGGCAAGGUCGACAAAAUGGCGAAGUACAUAGAGAAGAUUUCGAACGCCUUGAAAAUAGUAAAACACAAUGGAGGAAUCGUUGGAACCUACUUGGGUUUGUACAGGCGUGAUGACUUUAAGUGGGGCACGUUUGUUGGAGAGGAUAAGUACGGCAACAAGUACUACAAGAACGACUACUUUUUCAUGGGCAAAAGUCGCUGGGUGGAGUACCCCCUCUCUGUAGGACACGACUAUGACGCCAGCCAGAUACCCUCCGAGUGGCACCGGUGGCUACAGUACAUCGCUGACGAGCCCCCCACCCAACUUCCCCUCCCCCACCGCCCAUGGAUGGCCGACCACACGGAGAACUUCUCGGGCACCAGCAGAGAGUAUGUGCCGUACAGCACCACGCGGCCCAAGGUCGAGGCCUGGGUGCCGCCCAAGAAGUAGCCUGAUGGACCCCGUGUAAAUAUAGACCGUCGUGUGCGUUCGUCGUCAGUGUGUCGGGUGACUCGAGGCGUGUGUCAUGUAUAUGUGUCGUGGAGUGGCCGGGAAGACUUACUGGCAACCUGUUUUUGUCGUGUGUACCGCCAGAGACUGGACGUGACGUCAUGGCAGUAAUUUCCCCUCGGAGAUUUGCUGGUGAUGAUACACAUGUCCAGCUCAUGUGUUUUAUGUUAUCUGUUCGUCAUAGCUGCCAGCCACUUCGUGAAAAACAUUUUUAAUAUUAUGUUUGUGAGGGUCUGGGUAUCGAAAAAUCUGUUCUUGUGCAGGAAACUACGUAUUCUCUAUCUUUUAAUGUCGAAGAAAAAUUAUGAAUUUUCAAGACCAGAUUUGAGAAUAACAAGGAAAAUGAAGCCCCUAAGUCAAUUGGAAAGCUCUUUUUCUGCAUCAUGUCCACUUUGAAGCUCGAAUUUUUACGAUUCAAUUUAGAAAAGUGUGUGUGGGUGGAGGAGAGAGGGAGAGAGGAGAGGGGGUGGGGGGUACUUGACCAGUGCCCACCAUCUAGACCCCCCCCCCCCUGCUUGAGUAGAGUCUGUUUUUCAGUUUGGAAAAGUUGGCAGCUAUGUCUGUUAGAAAAUCGCGUAAGAAGAAAGUUGACAGAACUAGUUUGGUCUGCUGAGCCCGAAUUUUGAAUGAAUAAAAAUAAAUAUGUGAUAUCGUC